CCGCGCAAGUCCCCAUUUUCAUAAAGGGGUAAGGUGAGAGAGCUCAGGGAUGAGGUGGUGGUUAGAGCAGUUCGAGUGGGGACUCUUAAAAGGCAUGCUCGCAUGCUUCGCGUCUCAUUGCAUCCUGGUACUUGUCCCAGGUGCAAUCUUUCAGUUGGGAAGGACGAAUCGUGGAUUUGCCAAUGUCAUUUACGCCUAUCAUUAGUACGUUCGUCUCAACGUCGAGAUAGGCUUACGUAAUUACACGUGCUCGAGGGGGCACUAUCAAGGUCUCGUCUUCUGGAGGCCAUCCUCGACAGUAUCGUACCGAAGGAUCGUUGAUUUUUCUUGAAGGAUCAUUUACCACCAAGAAAGGGAGUGAGUGUGAGUGAGAGAGAGAGAGAGAGAGAGAGAGAGAGAGAGAGAGAGAGAGAGAGAACGAGUAAAUAAAACAAGAGAAAAUGGCAUCAUUAAGGCUAUUGGUAGCAGGUGCGAGCGCCGUAGGAACAGGCGCUUUAACAUCUUAUUUAUUCUUAUCCGAUUCAACGGUAUACGCUGAAAAAGACAAACAAAAACCAAUGAAAAGACCACUGCCAACUAGAGAGGAUCAAGUAAAGACAUUGAAAUCUCAAGAUUACGACGUUCUUAUCAUUGGAGGCGGUGCAACUGGUGCGGGAUGUGCUCUUGAUGCCUGUACAAGAGGUUUAAAAACCGCGUUGGUGGAAGCGGACGAUUUCGCAUCUGGCACUUCCUCUAGAAGCACGAAAUUGAUUCAUGGGGGUGUCCGUUAUUUGCAAAAGGCUAUAAUGCAAAUAGACAUAGAACAAUAUAAAAUGGUUAAAGAAGCUUUACAUGAACGUGCAUCGAUGUUAUAUAGCGCACCUCAUCUCGCUCAUCCUUUACCUAUCAUGUUACCAGUUUAUACAUGGUGGCAAAUUCCUUAUUACUGGUUUGGUAUAAAAAUGUAUGACCUAGUAGCCGGUAGUAAAACUGUUAAAUCCUCGUAUUACCUCAGCAAAUCGAACGCUCUCGAACUAUUCCCUAUGUUGAAGGGAGAUAAACUGACAGGAGCUAUCGUUUAUUACGAUGGUCAACAAGACGACGCUAGGAUGAACUUAGCGAUAGCUUUGACAGCCUCCAGACAUGGUGCAACAGUAGUUAAUCAUGUUAAAGUUCUUAAUUUAUUGAAAGGUCUCGACAAGGAUGGACAAAGAGUACUCACAGGAGCUCGUUUGAAGGACGAACUUACAGGAGAAGAAUGGGACGUAAAGGCAAAAGCAAUAAUAAACGCUACAGGGCCUUUCACGGAUUAUAUUAGAAAGAUGGAUGAUCAAAACGUAAAAGAGAUUUGUGCUCCUUCGUCUGGAGUUCAUAUUGUAUUGCCAGGAUACUAUAGUCCCGACCAAAUGGGUCUCCUUGACCCAGCAACUAGCGACGGACGUGUCAUUUUCUUCUUGCCGUGGCAAAAGCAAACAAUAGCAGGUACGACCGACCUGCCCUGCCAGGUAACGCACAACCCGCGGCCAACCGAAGACGAAAUUAUGUUCAUUUUACAAGAAGUUAAGAACUACCUCAAUCCCGACGUUGAAGUCCGCCGUGGUGAUGUCUUAUCUGCCUGGAGCGGUAUUAGGCCAUUGGUUUCCGAUCCGAACAAACCGAAUACACAAUCGUUAGCUAGAAAUCAUAUAGUACAUGUUAGUCCUACGAAACUUAUUACUAUAGCCGGUGGAAAAUGGACGACAUAUCGUGCUAUGGCUCAAGAAACCAUUGAUGCAGCCAUCAAAGCUUGCGACUUAAAACCUGCAAGAGGAUGCCAAACUGACGGAUUUCUCUUAGAAGGCGCACACGGUUGGACUCCAACGAUGUAUAUUAGAUUAGUACAAGAUUUUGGUUUAGAAUGUGAAACUGCACAACAUCUUGCCAAAAGUUAUGGAGAUCGCGCAUUCGCAGUUGCGAAAAUGGCGUCUCUUACUGGUAAGCGUUGGCCCAUUAUUGGCAAAAAGCUUCAUCCAGAGUUUCCCUACAUUGAUGCCGAGAUUCGUUAUGGCGUACGCGAAUAUGCUCGAACUGCAAUCGAUAUGAUCGCUCGACGGCUCAGACUCGCUUUUCUUAAUGUACAAGCUGCUCAGGAAGCUCUUCCAAGCAUUAUAGACAUAAUGGCAGAAGAGCUUCAUUGGUCAGCCGAAGAGAAGAAGAAACAACAACGCGAGGCUAGUGAAUUUCUUGCGAAUGAAAUGGGACAAAUGGUGAAUCGUGCUUCCAGGGAUAAAAUACCCAUUAAUCUUACGAAAGACGAAAUACAACUUUAUAUCAAACGUUUUGGUAUUAUCGAUAAGGACAACAAAGGUUACGUGUCGAUUAAUGACAUCAGGAGAGGACUCAAGCUCUUUGGUGACAAGGAAGUACCAGGUGAAGAACUUCACGAAAUACUGCGCGAAAUCGACACUAAUAUGAACGGUCAAGUCGAAUUGGAUGAGUACCUUCAGAUGAUGUCAGCUAUAAAAUCUGGACAUGUGGCGUAUUCUCGCUUUGCAAGAAUGGCCGAGAUGGAGCAAGAACAACACGAAAAAGAAAUGUUGAAGAAACAAAUUAGCGUCGAAAGAUCCGGUGGAGGACUGUGAAGGAAUUUCUGUAGAACAGAAAUACACUAUCUUCUUCUAUUUCCGUAUAGCACACGCAACGAUUGCAAUAAACUAUUUAUUAUAGUAUGUUACAAAACUCGAGGAUGCAUACUUGAGAAAAACUAUUGCAAAUACUCUGAAUGAUUUUGAUUAUCUGCAGUUUGAACUUGUGCCUCAAGUUCAAAAAUUUCAUGGUUUGUUAUAUUGCACUUAACAGCAAGAAUAUAUUGCUGUAUAUAUGUAAAAUAUAUGGAAUAUGGAAAGUUAAAACUGCGAAAUGAAAACAUGCUUAAUGUACAUAGAAAGGUUGUAAGAAUAUGCAAAAUACCAUAAAACCAUAAAAGUAUGGUUAUCGCUCUGAAAGAUUUUAUAAUAAUAUAAUUAUCGGAUAGUUCUACUGCAGUUAAUUAUAAUACCAAACACAAAACAAUAAGAGUAUCUUUUAAGUAAAUCACGUACUUGUUAUUUGCCUUAUAAAGGCAUAAAUACAUUAAAUAUAUGUUUCAUUAAAUCAUACAUACCAUCAUAAAAAAAAAAAAACAUUGCAUAUAAUAAUCAACAGAACCCUCGAGUAUAUUUUAGCAAAAUUAUAUUAUGUAUUAGAGUUUAAAUGAUAUCGUUUUUGUUUAUAAAUUCUUAGCAAGGAAUAUCAAACAUACAGUUUACGAAUUACAAAAUAAAUAAGAAAUAUCUAUUUAUUAAGAAACUUAUAUUGUUAAUACGUCACACAAAGAUAUUAGAAAUGAGUUUCAUGGAAAGUAUUUAUUAUUUCAUGCUAUUAUCGUUAUCAUCGAAUUAAUAAACAGCACUUUCAAACAGCA